AUGUCGCAGAAGCCGCCGUUGGCAAAGGAAGCUGGCUCUGGCAAGGCGCCAUCUGCUUCAAGCCACAUCCGUAUCGCUCGCCCAUCGCAGGAUAUCGCCAAAGCAGAGCGCUUCUACGUCGAGGGUCUCGGGCUCAGCGUGCUGUGGCGAUGUGGUCCCGAUGCAACAGGCGGUCAUCCGCUGGAUGAUUCGCAUGCUGAAACUCCCCCAAAGCCGACUGAAGAGGACUUGUUGGUGAUAUAUGUGGAUGACUCUGUUGAUCCGGCUGUCGUCGAGAGGCUGGUUGCAGCUGGCGGGACGAGGGUUACGGCGCGCAAUGAGUAUUGGGAGGAGUUCGGGGUGACUGUAGCUGACCCUGAUGGCUAUCGGCUGGUGCUCAGUCAGAAGGGAUGGGCCAACGAGGCAUUGUAG